AGAUUAACAUUCAAUCAAGCCGAUUCCAAUAAUGGAGAACGAAGCAACCUUCACCUGCAGCCAGACUCAGACCAGCAGCCCCUCCCCCGCGCCUGUGUCCCCUUGCCCUAGUGUGCCCCCCCACCAUGCCCCCCGUUACGGCACAGUCAUCCCCAACCGAAUUUUUGUUGGAGGAAUUGACUUCAAGACAAAUGAGAGCGACUUGAGGAGGUUCUUUUCGCAGCACGGCACAGUGAAGGAGGUGAAGAUCGUCAUUGACCGUGCUGGGGUGUCCAAGGGGUACGGCUUUGUGACCUUCGAAACCCAGGAGGAGGCCCAGAAGAUUAUUCAUGACGCUGACAGGUUCUGCUUCAGAGACAAGAGGCUGAACAUCGGCCAGGCCAUCCGCAAGCAGCAAGUGGGAGCUGCCCGAGUGGCCCUGCCGCCUUCUGGGGGCACCAUGUACCUCACUACCUCCACGGGGUACCCCUACACAUACCACAACGGGGUGGCCUACUUCCACACCCCCGAGAUGAGCCCCCCGGCCCACCAUUGGCCUCCGCGGUCAGUGUCCAGCUCUCCUGUCAUGGUGACUCACCAGGCCCCACCAGUCUACCCACAGCCCACCUACCACCACUACCAGGUGACCCAGUGUGUCACAGGACCUCUGCAGUGGAACAUGUCCCAGUCUUCAGUUUCCUCCAGCCCCCUGCUGUAUGUCCAGCCCUCUGAGCUGCACUACCAGCCCAUGGAGCUGCCCUCCGACGGGGGCUGUGUCCCCCCAGCCAUGCCCCUGCUGGAGGCCACCGUCCCUGAGCCCUAUUUGGAUCACAUGGUGCAGCCAGCCUAUCAUCAGGUUUAUGCCCAGGGUCCUGGCGGAAUGGCACCUCCCAUCAUGCCGCAGGAACAAGGAAAGGAGCAGAGGUUCCAUUGUGUGAGGCGAGGGUACCCCUACUCCCCGGGCAGCCUGAAGCCUCGUUACAGCCGCAGUCCCCACUGUGCUCGCCCUCGCAAGGAGUACCACCCUGACGUCACCAACCUGUCCCCUCCGCCCACCAACGAGCCCCUCAAUUAG